ACUUCCCAGUACAUCUUCAACUCGAGGUUCAGCUCACCAGAGGCAGCUAGGGAGGGCGAGGAAGAGUGGAGAGAGGUAGAAACUAGGGCACUGUUAUCUGGCCCCUUUUUACCAAUCACCAGGCACAAGGCAGAGAAAGAGAAAGAAAGAGCCGUGGACAGGAGAGCAGGAAAGAAGAGAGGACGUCAGAGGUGUGGUGAAGCUGUAGACAAGACGAGGGAACCUCCGGAUCCAGCGCCAACGUCAGGGCCUGAAGACAAACAAGACAACGACGACCUUGACCGUCGUUCACAGGCUUUACAAUCACACACUCGUGCACUUGUUACUUGUGUCACACGCACGUGCAAACAUAGGCACUCACACACACACACACACACACACACACAUCAAGCAGUAACAUGUUUGAGGAGCAGGCAACCAAGGUGAAAAUCACAUCUGUGGUGAUCAUGGUGGGCAUGUCGUCGAUGCUGGCAGCGGUGGUGACUGACCACUGGGCCGUGCUCAGCCCACGGGUGGAGAAACUCAACGCCACCUGUGAGGCGGCCCACUUUGGCCUCUGGAGGCUUUGCAAGAAAAGCAUCUUUAUCGUGGAGGCGGACCCCCAGGGCAAAGGCUGUGGCCCCAUCAGCUUACCUGGAGCAAAAAACUGCUCCUACUUCAAACACUUUACAUCGGGGGAAGAAGCUGAAGUUUUUGAAGUCAAGACCCAGAAAGAGUACAACAUCUCAGCAGCAGCCAUCACCAUAUUCAGUCUGUUCUUCAUGAUCCUGGGCACCUUUUGCGUCAUUUUCUCUUUUGGAAAGGGGCGGGACUACCUGCUCCGGCCUGCUGGGAUGUUCUUCGCCUUUGCAGGUCUGUGCAUCAUCAUUUCCGUCGAGGUAAUGCGCCAGUCUGUCAAGCGCAUGAUUGACAGUGAUGAAACCAUCUGGAUUGAAUACUACUACUCCUGGUCGUUUACCUGCGCCUGUGCCUCCUUCACCCUGCUCAUCCUCAGCGGAGUCGCCCUGCUUCUCAUCUCUAUGCCCCACAUGCCACGCAACCCCUGGGAGACCUGCAUGGACGCUGAGCCCGACACAUUAGAUUAGCCACAGGUGAUGCAACAGACAUGUCUGAGGGCCUGGUUAAAAUAACAGAUAAUGCUUUGCAUCUUUUAGUUCUUUAACUGUCUGUCUCAUCCUCUAUAUUUAUCUUAACUCCAAGCAGUUUUCCAAAGCAUUACAUUUUUAGCCUGGUUUCCUACCUUCCACAUGUUCGAUGGUUUCAGUUUGUGUAAAAUAUUAACAUCAGCUUGGACAAACUUGUGUGUCAUAGGUAACCACCACAGCGUUCAUUUUGUCUUCCCAUCAUAAAGCAGUUGGAAGCAGGAAUUGUCCUGAAAGCACUUUCCUGUCAAGUCUUCAAAAGCUGAGGAAUAACUAAGUCAUAUCUGAGACUUAAGAGUCAUAUAACACUUUUUUUUAAUGAAUUUUUUUUCAUCAAACCGAAGCUAUUACCAUGUGGCACAUGUGUUCUUAUUGCUUGCCUUUAUCUACAUAUCUAUAUAUAAAUGGAACAUUUCUCAGUAGCAGACUUAAAUUUAAAAUGUUGGGGUUUUCUACAAGCUCUUGAAUAUAGCAACAAGGUGGAGCUGAUUGUAACCGAGUGUCCACUGGGACGAAUCACAUGUUUGAAGUUUUUAUGCAAAUUGUUUUUCAUAUUGAACUAUAAUUAAGUGCAACCAGUAGAUGCCUGGAAGCCAAGAGUCGUUUGGUAUAAAAUGUAAUAGUACAGUUUGUAGCAAAUGGGGUAAAAUAUGCAAACACAUGAAUUUCCCUUUAAUGUUUGACUAGAUAAGACUUGGGUCAGAGUAUUUGACUUAUAAAGUGUUAGAUUUAAGGGUUUUUACAGGUUAAUACAGUGCAAAGGAUGCCAUACUGUUGGAGAAUCAUGUUCAAAAAUAUAAUGUACCUGAUGGCAACAUCUGCAAUUAAUCAUACUAUGUCUGACACUAAUGAAAGUAAAAUUAUUGGCAGAUGCAGUUUUUUGCUGGAUUACAAUAAUAAAUAAACAGUAUGGCAUCAGAAAGGUUCCUUAAGACCUGUGAGAAAACACUGAACUACAGCUAAACAAGACAAAAAGAGUGAGUCGCUGCACUGUAAAGUGAAGUAAUGGGCUAUUGUUACUGCAGUCCUUAUUCCCCCAGGACUUUCUACAGUCGAUUUGUGCUAUUGACUGUCUAGAGAGAGACCACUUACUUGAUAUUCGCUUGUUGAUACUGAUCAAUGUUGAAACCCCCUGGUGAGUUUAGUCCAGGAGCUCUGAUCUAUAAUAGGCCUACUGUCCAUAGUAUUUGCUGAAACCCAGAGUUAUGUUUUAUAUGUUAGGAUAUGUACUCUGCUUUUAGUGGCCAUUUAAUAGAUGCUAAAACACCAGAAAUGUACAAAUUAAUUAAAUUAAAAAACUGACAAUUCACUAUACUCGUCCCUGAACAGUUGUCGUUUAGCAUAGCUUAGUAACAGUAAAGGUUUCACAGGUCUGUCAAGCUCAAGAUUUCACAAAAAGAUAGAAAAAAUGAUAAAAGAACAAAGCCAUUGCUGCCUGUGACCUGUUAGCUUUAGCUUUAGCCUUUCAGCUAAAUAUCACGUAGUGUAUGAAGCGCUUAACUGCAUAUUUGAGACCAUUUUACAUGGUUCUCCUUUUUUAACCGAAUCAUAAAAAUGUAAAAUGUCUGCUAUACUCUGUGUUGUAAGCCACCUUAAAUGAAUGAUGGUCAGUAGAAAUGAGUGGCCUACUUUUGUUUACUUUCUGACUGAAAUCAAGGAUUGGACCAUGUUUUGCUAUAUUCCAUUUUUGGGGGGGCAUAGAUGCCCAGAGCUACAAAUAAAGGCAACUUUUUCAUUUAAA